UUUGAAACAUUCGAACAUGUUGUGAAUCGCGCAGCGUUUGCGCGAAGGUCGGUCUUGCCAUCGUCGUCAAACUGAGCCGUGUGCGGAGACUUCAAAGUUUUGGAAUUUCACGCUACGCCAAGCCCACGAUGUGGUGAUCAAGAACCGCUCACCAUGUCGAACAACGAAAAGCAGUGCCUUAUUUACUUCACCAAUGUCAUCCAAGGGGAAAAGCAGACUGAACUGUCACCUGUCAGCAUUGCCGAUCUGGGCAGCUAUUUGUUAAGCGCACAGGUGAAUAUACGGAGGCAUAUCAAGAGUGUCUACGGUGGUGACUUGGUUGAAUUCUUCAAGCGCUUCCCAGAAAUUUUUCAACUUGAAGGAACUAAACAUGUCUACCUGACUUCCGACAUCAUGAAAAAGUACGGCGUCGACGAGCUUGAGAAGAUGGCUGUCGAUUUCCUUAAAAGCAAGCUGAAGGCCAUGAAUGCAUACCAUUUCUCACCUGUGCCAUUGAUGGCCCUUCGGAAAUGUCUUGGGGAAGCACCACUUGGUGUUCAAGCCUUGAUGGCCAAGAACUAUCCGGCAAAGGACAUGAGGCGCCUGCUGCAGGCCUACCCCGACAUAUUUGGUGUUUCAAACUCUGGCAACGUGUACCUUCUAGGGGAAGCACCGAGGCCUUUGGAUGACUGCAAUUUCCAGAAUUACUGGUCAUCUGAUACCAGCUGCCUGGAUGGUGAGAUAUCGCAGGAUGAAGCUGACGCUGUGCGCUUCUUUCGCCAGGUUCUCAACAGUCCUGGAAUUGAGCUUGAGAGUUGUAGUGUGGACUCUCUGUUCGCCCAAGUUUGUGAGGCUCCCGACAAUGUUCAGCAUUUCAUCAAAAGUAACUACACUGAGGUUAAUUUUCUGGACUUCUUCAGGGCGCACAAGUCUGCAUUUUCAGUGACCACCGGCAGCAGUCCACCGGAGACGCUUGAUGGAAAUGAUGAUGAAGAGUCUGACGAGGAGGAGUUUCCUCCAUUGCCAAACCAAGAAAAUGAUUAUCUGGAGAAGUCUUCGGACGAUGCCUGGGAGCCUUCGCAUGGCAACGGCGGUCCCAUUAACGCCGAGGCAGCUGCGAUCAAGUACUUCGAAGAUGUGAUUAAGACUCGAAUGCAGGAGAAUGAGUUGACGCAUGUUGACCAGCUGCGGCAGCGCCUAGCUGAUGCACCUCUGAUAGUCUUUUCCUACUUCAGUGAUGAGUACCCUUACGGUAAAUUUGACAAGUUUUUCUUGGAUCACCCUGAUCACUUCAGCAUUGAAAGAACGGGGGUAGUUGAGCUUGCUUCGACUGCCAAAGAACGAGCAUCCAAUGCAGGAAGUUCCUCCAGUAGCACCUCGGAAGGAAGGGUCUCUGGCUGCGAGGACAGCGCAGGCGCAUUGCAUGCAAGGAACGUUCAAGUCGAAAAGUUGCUUGAGAAAUAUUUUGCUGAUCUCUUUCACUUAGCCUACAGCUAUGGUGUGCGCGUAGUGAAGCCAGAAACGGCCUUAGAGAUUUCAUCAUGUCUCAAUCGCAGACUUACGGGCUACCUGUCGGACAGCUAUGGCAAGAAUGUGGUGGAAUUCUUUCAGCACUACCAGAGCCGUUUCAGGGUGAGCAAAAAUGGCAACAUUUGUCUUGCUGUUGAAAAGGACUUGAGCACGGACACAACAGCGAAAAAGCAACCGAAUGUAUUGGCUGUUGAGUUUUAUGUUGCUUUGAUGCAGCUUCUGGAGGCCCAUCAAGUCAAAGCCAUCUCUCCGGAAGUUCUUUGGAGUUUUCUUCCCCUGACUCCACCUAAAGUGCAAGGCUACUUGUGCAAAGUCUACACAAAGGAUAACUUCAAGUCAUUUUUUCUCAAGGCUCCAACCAAGUUUGCCAUGUCCAAGAACAAGAAUGUCUACCUUUCGUCUGGCAGUGGGUGUUCAAAGCGCGAUUCCAGUGAUGUGGAUGAAUACGACUUUGAAAGUGCCUCAGAAAAUACACAUGAGGCUUCUGCACUAGAGCAUUUUGUCGAUCUUAUCAAAUCUCUCCGUGUGAACACCUAUCCGGUGCCCAUAAGUAUGUUGCAAGAGCACCUUCAAAAGGCUUCUUCAUUUGUGAAGGACUACUUUGAAGAUGUGUACCCGCAAGAGAAGUUUGUCAACUUUUUCUUGAAGUACAAUGAUUUUUUUUAUGUGCUGCAGCCAAUUAAUGUUGUAUGGCUUACAAAAAUUGAUGGAGGAGAAGUUGCUGACGUUCAUGAUGAAGUGUGCCCUCUUGACACUAUGCCCAGCUCUUUCAGGUUGGUAGUCGGUGUAGUUGCAGCUGCAUUACUGGUGAAAAGCCCGAAGCCAUUCUCGACAAUCCUUGGGCAUCUAAACAUAGUCAAAGACCAGUACAGCCAAGAACUUAACAAACAGCCAGGGAAGAGCAAAACUGAAAAGCUUUGCUCUUUAGUCAGCAAUUGCUUUGACAUGUUUAAGAUAGUUAAGGACAAUACCAUUUUGUCAUGGCCUCUCAAAUAUGCCAGCUCUCUGCUUUCUGCCCUGGAAGAUGCAUUGGCUGAAGUUUGUGUGAAGUUAGCGGCUGAAGAUAUUGUUGAAGUGUCAAACUUUCAUGGCACAUUACGGCGUAACACUGAAAGACUGUUCCAGUGUCUCAUUCCCGACAUCAAAGCAUUGCUGGAGUUCCUGCACCGCAGAGAGGAAUUCUUUGUUCUAGAUAAGGAGCACUUUAUUGUUGUUCCCAGGUCGGCAGUGCCCGAGGAUACAGAAGAAAUUGCACAGAUGUUGGAGAAAGAGUUGUUGAAGUGUACCGACAGCAAGGCACCACUUUUUUCUGUCCUCGAAAACUUAAAAGACGAAGGGUUUGAUCAUCAUUUUAGCAGCAGCACUGUUCUGAAGGCCGUGCUCACGCGCAAGGACAGGUUUGAAAUUUGUGACGAUCUUUUGCUGCUCAUUGAAGAGCAGAAAGAAAGCUCUGGGAAGCGUGAUUCUGGUGACCAUGGGGACAUGGGUUCUGGAGGCACCAGGACAGGUAUAAAACCAGAGAAGACAAAUUGCACACCAGUCAAUGGCAUGGGCUGGAUUAUUAGCUUAGAUGGAGAGAGUGGACUGCUUGCAGCUACCUUUGGUAGUUCUGAUGAUUAUGCUGAAGUUAUAUUCAAGAGAGAUGCCCUUAGUGCCACGUCAACCAAUUACAAUGAACUGAUAGUUGGUCAGGAAGUGGAAUUCAUUGCUGUCAAGGACAAUGAUGAAUCUGAGUGGGUCAUUGUAGAAUUGAAAAGUGCUGGCAGUACACCUUGUGGCGAAGAGGAGAAGGAAGGUAGUGAGCAGGGCAAACGAGCUCACCCUAGCAGUGGUGGGAAGCAUCGCUUGGACAUAUCUGAUGCUGCAAGUGAUGACAAUGCGUCCACUAAUGGUGAUGACUGCAUAUUCUACUCCAGUGCCUCAGACUCUGAACCAGUGAAGUUGGCAGCUCCACCACUGACUGACCAUGAUACAGAAAAAGUGAAAUCUCCAAACUUCAAAAAUUUGACUACUGAAGAAGUAGUUCAAAAUGGAAAUGCGCCUACUCAGGAAGGCACAUUGGAUGACAGUGCUGAUACUACGAUUGUUGAUGAUGGUUACGAUGACUGUGACUGGGAUACGCCAUAUGACCGGAGAAUUAUGGACUUGCGCCCUUUCCCGAUGACAGAAGCGUUUGAGCUGUGUGAGAAAACAAUCAAGUGUGCCAACUCUGAAGAGCAGAGUCCACAAGGUGUGCUUGGGCUGACUGGAAUUUCAUCAAUGACACAUCAUGCACCACAGAGUGUGCUUGAUGCAAUCCUGCCUAAAAAGAACAAUCAUGUGCCAUGUGCGACAUCACCAGCAAUUUCUGAACCUACGGCCAUUCAGAGUAAUGCUGCUACCAGUCAUGAAGCACCCAAAGAGAGCCUGACUGCAUGGGCUGGAACUGGAAUUUGGGACAUUGAACCACUUCCAGCAGCUUCAAAAGGGCAACUGCAACAGUCUAAACUCCAACUUGCCAAUGAUGACAUAAAGGUGGACGAGAAAAGAGUGAAAGAUUUCAAUACCCAGAAGGUUCCAGAAGAGAAUGGGACGCAUGCCACAUCUGCAUCGCCGACUGCCUCGGUGAAAGCCUCACGUCUUCGCACUGGCUCAAUCUCAGAUUCCAGUAUGCAUGGAGCCCAACAAAGUGGUAGCAGGCUUUAUCGCAAAAGACAGGCAGUGGAAACGACCUAUAGUGAUGAAAGCAGCAGUAGCAGCAGCCGAGUAGCUUCAAGUGAUAUUGAUCCAGAUCUGUCUGCUGAUGAUGAGUCUGAGCAGGAGACUGACUAUGAAAUCUCUCCAAGCACCUCACCGACAAAGCAGUCUGUGAAGCCCGAAGGUAACCACCUUGCAGCAGGUGAUAAUGUGCUUGUGUCACAUAGUGACACGGAUAUAUGUUCUCACUCGGAGUGGUGCUUUGAUGAAGACCUGCCUUUCGCCAAUGCCACGUGCGACAGGCCUGAUGUGGCGUACUCGAUACCUGCGACUGUCGCUCUCGUCACGCCCACUGUUGCAAUACUUGAAUCCACUGUCCGAGGUGUUCCUGUCAGCCUUAUUGCAGACCCUGCUGCCACCACUAGUCGGGACUGGUCGGAGCUUCACGUUGGGAAAAAGGUUGCAGCACGUGCUUUGGGCAACAUUGAAGAUUCUACGCUCCUCUUGGUUGUCAAGCUGCGACCACUGUGGCGUAAGGCUGCUCAGCGGGCAACAUUGCCGGAUGCUGCCACACAAACAAUUUCUACAGGACCCGUGCUGUCUGCUUCACUCUUGGUGGAGUGAAUGGUGCACACUGUGUACAUACGUGUGUCUGUUGUGCAAGAUGUAUUUAAUGCUCUUCAUCAGGAUGUGCCUGUUCCAAGUCUGCUUUGGUGCCAUUGAGGGGAUUUUCGAGUGUGCAUGUUUACCAUUUUUUAUAUUUUUAUUCUUUCUUGAGCACUAAAUGAAGUGCGGAAAUUGUUUAAUAGAAAUCUGUUAAUUGUGGUUUUGUAUAUUGUUUGAGUCAUUGUCAUUUUUAAUAAAUGUACCUGUAUGUCAGGCUGUGAUCCAAGACAA